AUGGACUCGGCAUUUUGGACCGUUAACUUCGUCUGCAUCUUCUUUCUUGCGCAGUGGACAGAAGGUGUAGCACCACUGAAGGCCUUGUCUCUCUGUCUGUCCAAACCCUGCCAAAAUGGUGCAGAGUGUGAAGACGACCCCUCCACCUUCCUCUGCCAGUGCCACUCAUGGAGUGCAACACUGUCCAGCCUUAAGUGUACCUCCUCCAACACACUGUGCCACCUUCAUACGUGUCAGGGCAACAUCACGUGCCAGUCUACGGGUGCCCAUCAAGGACAACUAGCUUGCCACUGUGGGAACAGCUCAUCUAGACAUAAUUGCCAUUCCAGCGCUCAGCUUUGUGCCCAGAGAUUGUGCCGCCAGAAUGCCCGUUGUCUUGCAGUGCCACAAACGAGCCCAGGCUACAUCUGCAUCUGCCAGCCAGGCUUUACUGGCACACUCUGUCAGAGAGAGGUAGACCAGUGUGUGCGCAACCCAUGCCGUAACCGGGCCAUAUGCCGGAACAGGCCAAAUGGGCCUACUUGCUUCUGUGCGCCAGGCUUCCAGGGUAAUCACUGUGAGAUUAAGGUGAAUGAGUGCACAUCACAGCCCUGCAGGAAUGGAGCUACUUGCAUGGACCAAAUUGGAUAUUAUGAAUGCCUUUGUAGGCCUGGGUACACGGUUUCAGGUGUCUUAUGUGAAGAGGACAUUGAUGAUUGUGCAUCUCUUCCAUGUCACAAUGGAGGGUCAUGCCAUGACUCUAUAAACAGCUAUGUCUGCAUGUGCUCACCUGGUUACACUGGUGUUCAGUGUUCAAUUACCACAGUUUUCUCAUUCAAGUCAGCUGGCAACUACCUGAGCUUUCAGACACUGCUUGUGGAUGCUGACGCUUUAUGGAACGUCACCCUGAGCUUCUGCACUGAGUUGAAAAACUCUGUACUGUUCCGGAGAAGAAGCAAAGAAGCUAUCCUCAUUCUGCAGCUGCUGGAGGGUCGGUUGCAGGCAAGCUUAAACUUUUGGAAGGAAGCAAGUGUGGAUGGUGCCAUCUGGGUACUGGAACUGCCUAAAGAAGUGGCUGAUGGAGACUGGUACACAGUGGAGGUGGCACUGGCUGAGGGCAGGCUGCUCCUGCACCUCCACAAGCAGUGCUGGGAAGAGAACUGUGCUGCAGAGGCUCAGCUGAAGAUAGACUCUAUUACACUGGAGUCAUCAGUACACAGCAUUGUGAUUGGAAGCCAUGAAGAGGGAGAAAAUUCUGGCUCAUUUAUUGGCUGUAUGCGGGAUGUUUUUGUGGACUCACAAGUGAUUACGCUAGAGGAGCGUCUAAAUGCUAUAGUUGUGAACAUCACACUCAGAUGCGAUCGUUGCUUAGAAAAUCCAUGUAAAAAUCAAGCUACAUGUGUCACACUGGGGCAGAGCUACCAGUGCAAAUGUCAGCGGCCAUAUGAGGGUCAUGAUUGCACCAAGGAGUAUAUCCCUGCAAGGUUUGGUCAGAUGGGCUCUUUGAGCUAUGCUGUUUUUCCUGUGAACAAUAAGUUGGAUCUGGUCAAUCUCACCCUCUCAAUGUUUUUGCACACUCAUCAAAAGUCAGGUCUGCUGCUUGCGGUGACCAACAGGACCAGCCAGUACCUGAAUGUGUGGCUGGAACAGGGGCGACUCACAACGCAAAUCCACAGCUCCCAGACUGUAGCUUGUGAAAAUGUUGUCAGUGAUGGCCAUCUCCACUUGGUUGGCAUCUCCAUCGCUGAGGGCCAGAUAAGGCUGCUAGAAUCUGAUCUAGUGUGUGCAUCUGUGGAAGCCAGACAGAUUUAUAUUCGUACUGGGGACAAAAUUUAUGUGGGCGGUAUGGAGGAUGCAGACAUCUCAGCUCGUUUUGGUGGCUACUUUAAAGGCUGCAUCCAGGACCUUCGUCUUAAUAAUUGGCGUCUGCAGUUUUUUCCAUUUAGUCUUCCUGUGAUCUUCUACAGCCCAGAGCGCCUGGUUAAUGUAUUGGAAGGCUGUGUUGGGGAUGAACUCUGUGAUGAAAAUCCCUGUCAGAAUGGUGGGACAUGUAUUUCUCUGAGGGACAAUUUUUCAUGCAUUUGUCCCCCCAGCACAUCAGGACGGUGCUGUGAGGAGCUUCAGUGGUGUGAGCUCUCACCAUGUCCUUACCCAUCACAGUGUAUCACAGUUGGACUGGGAUAUGAGUGUAUUUCCAGAGUAAUGUUUCAGAAUAAUGUAAUUCUGAGGUACCGCAGCAAUGGCCUGAUUUCCCGCCAUCUCACCAGCAUCUCCUUCAGCAUUCGCACACGCAAACGCAACGCAUUUGUGCUUCAUGCCAAUAGCAGCACAGAUUUUGUGACUGUGUCACUACAAAAUGGUCUGUUAGUGAUGGAACUGCUUAGCAUAUCUUCUGGCUCAUCCUCUUCCUCCCCACUAAUCAUGCAUAGUUUUAGAACCAUAGCUGAUGGUAAAUGGCAUAAUGUGGAGCUGUUCAUGGUCUCCCCCAAAGUCAACACUUCCAAGUGGAUCAUGCUUCUGCAAGGCAUUGUGGAAGACACUGUGACUUCCAAGUCAGCAUCUGGUAACCUGGAUUUCUUGAGAGAAGAUGUGGACAUAUUGCUUGGAGGAAAGAGCUUCAGACUGGCAGACUGGAACCUAAUUGGCUGUCUGAGUACAGUGGAGAUUGGUGGAAUAAUAUUGCCAUAUUAUGGUACCACUGAUGUGAGGCUGCCCCGCACUCAGGAAGAGCAGUUUAUAAAAAUAUCUACAGUUUCACUUCUGAGAGGGUGUAAAGGUGACAUGGUGGCAUCCUUCAUAAACAUGCCAGAUCCCCCACCUCAUGUGUCAAUCUGUAGGGAUGAAAAAUGGAACUAUACAUGCUUCAAUGGGGGUAACUGCACUGAGACACACUUUAUGUGUGACUGCCUACCAGGCUUUACCGGACAGUGGUGUGAGCAGGAUCUAGAUGAGUGUGUGUCCAACCCGUGCUUGAAUGGAGGCUUCUGCCACAACCUGGUCAACAAAUUCUACUGUGUGUGUGCUCUGAGCUACACAGGCAACACCUGCCAGAUUGAUCUGAAUGCAGACAGCAUGGCACCUCUUUGUUUGACCUUGGCAUCUGUAGUGUUUUUCCUGGCUAUGACAAUGAUGACUCUCAUGGUAGUACUGAAGCGGAGAGCUACACAUGGCACCUACAGCCCAAGCCGACAAGAGAAGGAUGGGUCGCGUGUAGAGAUGUGCAAUAUUUUGCAACCGCCACCUAUGGAGAGACUCAUCUGA